AUGGCUUCACCUUGCACUAUCACCCUGGAAGACGGGACACAUUACGAUUUAUCAUCUCUUUCCUCAGCGAAAUCAGAUUAUCUCGCUCAAGUUGGGGAAACAAGUUAUAAUCUCAAUAUAUGUAGAGGUGUAGUAGGCGAGCUACAUGCGGUGGAAGACUCAGAUACAGUGGGUGGAUUCGUGAGGAAAGAUGAUGGUGAUUUCAUUCUUGGCCGAGUACAUUCCAAUUUGACUCUAUCGCCCAUGACGAACGAACCCAUGUAUGUGAUCACUGAUGGAUCCGCAUGUCCCCUUAACCCAGAUGCAAAAGCUUCCACAGCGAUCCGGUUCAUUUGUAGUCCGGCAGAUUUCAAUGCUGGAUCUCCAGUUCUAGUGGCCAAUCUACCACCGCAAGAUCCUUGUCAUUUCUACUUUGAAUGGAGAUCACACGUAGCAUGUCCGACGAAUCCAAAAACCAAUUUGGAAUCAGGUCAUUACAUUGUAUUUGGAGCGAUACUUGCGAUAGCGAUCAUGAUAUGGCUAGGUGGUGUUACACUAUAUAAUCGAUUCUACUUGAAGCGUACGGGAUGGUCACAAUUCCCAAUACCAUCUUUCCACCUUCCCAAGAUCGCUUUACCGAACGUGGGACUAGGUAGAUCUCAAGCAGCUUCAGGAUCAGGUUCAAAUACAGGUCCUAAAUGGGGUUCUUGGGGAAGACGUAGUCAAAGAUCUGGUUAUAGUGGAAUUAGAGCAGAUGACGAUGACGAAGAAGAAGGUUUCGCAGGUAGAUUCAGUUUGGAAGAUGACGACAUGGACGCGGAAGAUCUAACAGGUGCUCAUGGCUUAGGAGGUGAUACGAAUGUUUGGAGAAAUCAAAACAAUACCAGCAAUGGUAUCAAUGGAUCCGAGAAUAAUGGGAAGAAUGUUGGUGUGCAUCAGGGUUUAGUAGAUAUAUAG